UCUCUGUCUGUCUGUCUCACUCAUGGACCACCCAUCCCGUGUCUGUUCCCAGAUCUUUUCGAUUAGUAGCCUUUUUUGUGUGGCUGUCCCUUGUCGUGGCCACCAUGUUCAUGCCCCUUGUCAUGGCCGCCGUGGUCGUGUCCCUUGCUGUGGCCAUCGUGGUCAUGUCCCUUGCUGUAGCUGUGCCCAUGGCCGUUGCCUAUGUCGGAAAACCGCGGUCGUAGUUGGGACUCGAGCUCCUUGGUCGACGGGAUGUCUCUCUUGGAUGCGGGGAAUUCGGGGAGAGGGGGGUAGUAAUACGGCAGGUCGGACGCCACCCACGCCGGCCGCUGACCUGGCGCCCUCCCGAUGACGGGGAGACUCUUGUCUUGGUCGAGGAAAGACAAACCCAGGCGGACCCACUCGGGCUUGAGGAACCGGAGGCCCUGGUCCAUGCACGUCCAGAAAGCCACAUCGAUCGCGUCGAUGUCAAGGGGGACGGGGAACUGGUCAACCACAUGGAUGAUCUGACCGACGACAAACACAGCGCGCACAUGACAUCCACACACACGCGUCUCUGUCAGUCAGUGAGUAAGGGAACUAGGUGGUGCGUGGGGUGGUGGGGGCGCUCACCCCGUUGGCGAUUUUGAUGUCUGAUUCGAUGAUCUUCUUGCCGUCAAUGUAGAAGUGGCUGCCCCGCUGCUCGACCGGCAGGCCUUGAUUCCCCAAGUUGGGGAGUGUCGAGGUCUGUGCCAGGAGGGUUUGGUUCCAGACGCCCGCGAUGAUGAUCUUGUCGAACACUUUGCGGAGGGCGUCCUUAUUCUCCGGUUUCACGAGGGCGUCCAGCAGGCAAAGAGGGAGCGGGUCGCCGGGAAUCGCAUUUGGGUCGCUGGUGCCUUCGGGAAUCACCAUGCCCGAGUCCCGGGCCACGACCACCGUCAAUGGGCCCGCAUUCGCGACGUUCGCUCCAGCUAAGAUCGCACAGAGACAGGAUUGAUUGCACACACCGCCAUGCGUCAUGAGCGUUUGUUUGCGCCUGCGUACGAAGGAGGUCGGUCAGAUCAGCCAGUGACGCCAGUCUGGCCAGCCUCGAGUACUCCUGCAUGAAAAAAGACAACGACGCGACACGAUGAGAUGAGAUGAGAUGAGAUGACACCGCGUCAGUAUGUCGGUCAGCCAGCCACGGCGUCCUCACGCUCACUCACCGGUCUCGCCCUCAGCCAGUCGAUAAGCGUGGGGACGCCGUCGUGAAAUUGCGGAAGGAGGAUCUUGUCCGUCUCAAUCACCGUCCCCUCCACACCCGGGAUGACCUUUAGCACGUCCGCCGUCAGGCCGAACGAGUUCACCUUCAACGUCAAGCGCUCGGUAGAAUCUGCCUCGUCACCCUCGCUGUCUCCGGCAGCCGCUUGGUCGCCGACGGGCGGCAGGACGCCCCCCUCACCAUCUUGCAGCUGCCGCCUCCGCCUCCGCCCCGUGAAUUCGAGGGCGGCGCUGUCCUUUGGCAUUUCGGCGCUUAUCGCCAGCGACUGGUUGUUCUCAGUGCGGACCACAAAGCCCGUGCCGGGUUGGAAGUCCGCGAGGUUGAGGCGCUCCCCGGCCACGAUGUGGUAGUUGAGGAUUUUCUGAUCAAGGGGUGGAAUGGAGAAGGUCAACAAACACCAACCAUGUCACGUGUCUGUGCGUGUCGUCAUGAUGUACAUCCAUCCCAUCUUCUCAUGAUUCACCCACCUCCACUGUGUCGGCCUGCAGUGGAUUUGAGAAGAUGCUCUGAAAAGCUGGCGGCAGCCCUGACGUGAAGGCUUCGUUGGUCGGGGCGAACACGUUCACCUGCCUGUCUAGCGCCAACCCGACGAGCUGUGGGACCAGGUUCUGCCUCUCGGCCAGAUCAUUCAGCUCGGACAGAGACUACACAGAGAGAACGACAAGCCAUCCACAAACAUGUUGCUCACUCAGGAGCGACUCAGUGGUUGCGAGUGCGGACCUCUCGAGUGGCGAAGAUGUUGAGCAGUCCUUCCGUGGGCUCCUCCUCCUCCUCCCUGCCGGCUGGGGACACUGCACCGCCCUUUGCGUCCUUGGCACUCUCUUUCGCGCCCUUGGCACUUUCCUUAGCACUCACGUCGCUCUCUUUUGCGCUCUCCUUGGCGCCGUCCUUGGCACUUGUUGCCGCCUCCUUGCCACUCUCCUUGGCCGACUCCUUGGCGCCUUCUGUCGCCGACUCGGCCUCCUCGCCCUUGGCUUGGAGGGCCCUCUCGCCUUGACACGCAGUGCCGCAAUCAGAUGGGAACUGGGAAAGGUCCAUGGCACCCUCUCGGGGCGCCAGGUAGCUGUACGGGUCGCCGCAGGCCGUGGCUAGCCAUGCGGCGAGCGUGACAAGGGCCCACACGCCACGCAUGGCAAUCAGAGGGGGGAGGGGAUGGGCAGCCUUGAGUGGGAUGGGCUGUCGAUGGAUGGAGGGGGGCCUGGCAGGUUGGGUGACGAUGAAUGGCGGUCGGUCUCCUUGGACUCGUCCCGUCCCUUCAGAUCACCAAGGGCUGCCUCUCUUGCAUCGCCUGUAUCAUCAAUCCGUCACCACACGCGAAACAGAGC